GAUCGCUGUUGUGCUCGGGUCUAAUUAUGCAGAGUUUGUUUCUGCACUUUGAGGACUGUGGAAGUAGUAUAUGUGGAGGUCUUUGAGGUGCUGUUGCGUGGCUCAACACUUGAAGAAGUGUGCCUUGGUAUUGGAUCACAUAUACAAGAAGAUAAUGAAGAAAACUAAGAGCUAUACUAUAAUCCUACUCAGAGAAGUGCCAACCGUUGGCUUUGCAGUACUAUUAUGGAGAAACAAUUGGAAUGCUCUUGCUUUGGAAGGACCCCAUAUGAAGCAAAGAGGCUUCAUGAAUAAAAUGAAUGAAAGAGUUUUGAAGGUUAUGAAGAAUACUGGCCUUGAAGAACUGAUAGAAUUAGGUUCUCAGAUCUUUGGGACUGCAUAUCACGGAAAAUGGAAAGGUACUGAUGUAGAAAUUGAGCAAAUUAAUGAUAGGUGUUUUGCUGUAAAGCCUUAAGAGCAGGACCACUUGGUCUGUAUCUCAUUAUUAUUGAUUUGUUUUUAUUUCUAUAAUCCCCUACUUUCUUUGGUAAUUAGGAAUCUAUCUUCAGUUGUUUUUUGUUUAUGCAUCAAGGUGAGAGAUGACUUUUGGAAUGGGGAAAUCAAGCUGACAGACUUGCACCAUCCAAAUGUGGUAGCUUUCUAUGGUGUUAUGCUAGAUAGCCCACGAGGCUCUGUGGAAACAAUAACAAAGUAUAUGGUUAAUGGUUCUUUGAGAAAUGACAUGCAGAGAAAUGAUAGGUUAUGUGUUUAUGUAUUUAUCAUAAAAUCUUUCUCCCUUAAAUUAAAGACACGCCAGGGGGACCUGCCAUUGCUGCAAGGUCCAUUAAAAGUGUGCAUCUCUGUUUAUCAAGGUCACAUGGGUGUGUCAUAUGCCUUAUAUGCCAUGUUAAUGCAAAUAUACAAUUAAUUGUUCAAAUCUAUUUGUUUGGAAUGA